AUGACCAGUAGGAGAUUCCGCACCGACGACUUGGAGACGAUAAAGAAGCUUACAGAAACCUUGGGGGAGAAACUUUGGGAACAUGCUCUGGUGGUUUUAACCUUUGCCAACGAAGUCUCACUAUUGCCAGCCAAGAAGAAGGGUAACGUACCUGAAGUAACCUUUUUCAAUGACCGCUUUUUAGCUUUCAAGAAAGCGAUAAAGAAACAUUUGGUUGCUAUCGGAGUACCCGAGAUAACAGUGACUAAUGUGCCAUUUACGCCAGCCGGGGAGUUGGAUGAUCCUAGACUUCCAGAUAGAGAAGACUGGUUAACAGCAUUUUGGAUCGCGGCUUUCAAACGUAUCAACAGGAACGCAAAAGCUGCUUUCCUAAUGGCAAAUGUCGACCGUAUUUCAUUUUCUUCCGCCUUUGUUGAGGGAAACGAAGAAAGCAAAGUAAGAAAAGAUGGCAACGUUGUCAGUCUUGGCCAGUUCGGUAAUUUUUCAAUCGAAGAAAGUAAUGCAAUGAAAGAAUUCAGAGCAAAAUUGAAAAAGAGCGACUUUGACAAAAGAUUGAGCGGCUGUUUGGAGAAAACUGAGACGUUUGAUGAACCUGAAGAGGAGUGCCCCACAUCACCUGGCCAAGAUGCAAAGGUGUCAGGUCCCUCCAUCAAUGUGGACGAAACGUACUCUGAAGAACUCAUUAAGGAGAUCUUGGGCGAUGUACCAAGUCAAUUAGUCGAUGUGCUGGCCGGUGAUAAGUUUGAUAGAAAGUACGAAACAUUCUUCGGCCGACUAACAAAGUACUUUAAGAAGUCCUGA